AUGGCGAGCUGCAGACAUUUGCGUUGCAGACAGCGCCGCCGGCGCUCAGGAUCAUAUCUACCACAUCCAACCUUCUGGAAGAGCUUGCCCAAAAUCUGGUUUACCAAGAUCGCCCUUCGAGAGCUACAGCGUCAGACAGCCAGCGACUAUCCUAGGCAUCCCCCAAGACCGCUAGAUACUUCGACCGAGAUCGUGUCACGUCUCACCCCAUCUUCUCAGAAGGAGCUUAAGCGAUUUGCACGGACCGGGGGCCCUGAUAUCAGCGAUAUUCGAGAUUACCCCCUUCCUCCAACCCGCGACGCCCACUCCACAACGCCCCCGACACACACUGAAGAGGACAUCGGCCCAGAGGCUUCAACAUCCCCAUCUACAGAUAUGCGGACUUGGAACGAGAAUUCCCGCAGUGGCAGUCUCAGCACCAUCUCAGUGGUGUCCCUCACUGGCGAAAAAAUAUCAGUGAGGACUUCCAGCAGCAGGGGGACCGCCAAACUAAGAAACUCUGAGAAGGAGACCCUUCACAAAACCGUCAAAAAGACAAUCAAAAAGAAAUCUCAGCGCCGACGCCGACAGGGCGCCGGAAAGAACACCACUGCCUAUGACAAAAACUUUGAAGAAUUUUUGAUGGCCACCGGCAUCUAUCUUGCUGAUGUUCCCGAUGCUGAUGGUGAAUGGCCUGCACCGCCGAGGAAUAUCAAAGAGAUCAGAGAACACCUUGCACGGAGCCGGCCAACCCUUCCAGCUUCAAACUUGGAAACCCUCUUUAACAGGUUUCGAAGCGAGCGUACACGAGCUCUAUGCGAACAGGAUGUCCUAUAUAAUCUCCUUCCCCUGAUAGAAGGUCCGGACUCUGCACAGCGCGCCUCUACCGAAUAG